UGUGCGGUGAAAGUGAGCGGUCUGCCCCUCUCAUUCACUCUGAACUCAUCACAGUCCACGCACACAGCGACACUGACACUCUCAAAGCCUGUCUGCUCUUUACCGUUCCUGCUUCUCUUUCAGCGGGAAAGAGGACAAUCAUCCGUUUUACUUUCCGCGGGCAUGCAUCAGCACGGUGGCGGGCACCGGGAGGGCUGUUGGAGUCGCGCGUGGAUAAAUGUUUGCAGAUGCACUUUAUAUUUAUUUCUACUAUUAAGCCUGGAGCGGAGCACCGUGCACUCAGCACAGACAGAUGAAUCGGACACUUUUGCGUUUUUCCACGAGGGAGCGCAGGGCUGCCUGGGGGUACGAGAUCACAUGCUCUACCUCUCUUCUUCCUGCAAGGGUGACGCCCAGCUGUGGAAAUGGGUGACCAGGGGGCGGCUUUUCAACAUUGGCUCCUCUCUCUGCCUGGGCAUCACCACGGGCAACGUGAGCACAUCUGGCAACAAGUCACCACUGGGCGUGUUUUGGUGCGACUACGAGCCUCCACGAGUGCGCUGGACCUGGAGCUGCAGCAAGUUCUUGGAGAUGCUUGAAUCUUCCUUGCCCUCCCCUAAAUUACUCCUCGACACUGGCAAUGUCUCGGCCGCUGCCUUCCCACCUGCAAGAUCCCCCUCCCAAAAGUCUCUGUGGCGAGUCUAUGAUGACCAUCAAGACCUUUGUGCCAAGUCGUACCGAGAAAUCUACACCAUCCAAGGAAACUCUCAUGGCAGCCCAUGUUACUUCCCCUUCCUCUACGAUGGCCAGUGGUUCCACAGCUGCACCAGUGUGGGCAGGGAAGAUGGCUUCCACUGGUGUGCCACUACUCAUGAUUACGGAAAGGACCAGCGCUGGGGCUUCUGCUCAGUAAAGAGUACUGACUGUGAGACGUUUUGGGACAUAAACCCUUUGAUGGAUAACUGUUACCAGUUUAACUUUCAGGCCACGCUAUCUUGGAGUGAAGCACGGACCAGCUGCCAACAGCAGGGAGCGGACCUGCUCAGCAUCACUAAAGUAGAGGAACAAAUCUUUAUUAACGGUUUGCUAACUGCGUACAGCGCCACCCUGUGGAUGGGCCUGAAUGAUUUAGAUCUCAAUGGUGGCUGGCAGUGGGCUGACUCCGCCCCUCUCAAAUACCUAAACUGGGAAGCAGAAAUGCCAAGCUAUGAUGAGGAGGAAAACUGUGGAGUGAUCAGCACCGAUGCUCAGGGUCGCUGGCACAACCGGGACUGUUCAGUGGCUCUGCCUUACAUUUGCAAGAAACGACCCAAUGCCACACUCGACCCCUUCACCACAGACUCCUGGGCAGAUGACAGGCGGUACCAGUGUAAUGUAGGCUGGCAAAACUUCCAGGUGGGCUGCUAUAGGCUGAACUCAGACAACCUGGACUGGAGCUCUGCCCACAAAAUGUGUCAGAAGAUGGAGGCUAACCUUGUUAGCAUCCACACCCUCCCAGAGCUUGAAUUCAUCACUAAGCAUAUGAAGAAAGAUAUAGAGGAGUUAUGGAUUGGUCUACAUGAUACAGCUAUGCAGAUGAACUUUGAAUGGACAGAUCACACUCCAGUCAUAUUCACUUACUGGCAUCCAUUUGAACCCAACAAUUUCCGAAAUGUUAAUGAGGAUUGUGUCACCAUCUGGGGGCCUGAGGGCCGCUGGAAUGAUAGCCCAUGUAAUUACUCGCUGCCCUCAGUCUGUAAGAAAGUGGCUCAGAAGGCUGACGACCAGAUAGAGGACCACGGCUGCAAACGGGGUUGGAGAUGGCACAGUCCUUCCUGUUUCAAGGUUGGAGAAGAAUCUCUAACCUUUAAUGAUGCAAAAGGAAUGUGCGCUAGCAACAAUGCUACACUCGUCAUUAUUAAUAACAGGUUUGAGCAGGCCUUUGUGAGCAGCCUGGUGUUUGGACGAUCUGACGAUCAGUUCUGGCUCGGCUUGUAUAAUGACAACAGCACCGGCACGUUCCGCUGGAUAACGGGAGAGGAGCUCACAUACACCAACUGGAACAGAGAUGAGCCAGCACAGAUAAAGGCAGGUUGUGUGGUGAUGGUAGCGGGGCAAGCCAUGGGUCUGUGGGAGGUGAAGGACUGUGCCAGCGUCCACUCCAAAUACAUCUGCAAACAGAAUCAGGACUCUCUCAUACCCAGUCCUCCUGUGCCUCAGCCUACGCCCUCCCUAACAGGAUCAUGCCCAUCGGGAUGGAAAAGCACCAAUAAGUUCCGCUACUGCUACAAGGUCUUUCAUGCAGGUGCACUGGAGAAGAGAUUGACUUGGAUUCAAGCUCACAAGUUCUGCCAGAAACAUGGAGCUCAGCUUGCCAGCUUCAGUACGCCAGAGGAAGAGACCUAUGUCUUCCAGAUCCUCCAUGAGGCUUUCGGGGAGGCAGAGGAUCAUGAGCAGCACUGGCUGUGGAUCGGAAUUUCCCGCAGGAAUAGUGACAGUUGGACAUGGGGUGAUGGGUCAGCUGUGACGUAUCAGAACUUUGGCAGGGGGAAUUAUGGGUCUGCUGAGUGUGGAGCAGCUAACAUGGCUGACACCAACUGGCUGGUAUCACACUGUGAGUCUGAGCUAGACUGGAUCUGCAAAAUACCGAAAGGGAAGGUGGAAGAGGAACCUGAGAGCCAUGAAGACACUGGCUUAGAGUGGGUUAAUUUUGAGGAGGCCCAGUAUAAAAUGUUUGAACAUCGCUCCACGUGGGACCAGGCUCAGAGAAUCUGCUCCUGGUUCGAAGCCUCCCUGGUCUCCAUGCACUCUCCUAAGGAGAAUCAGUUUUUGGUUAGCACUUUACGCAAGAUGUCCCGCAAAGAAAAUGACCUAUGGUGGAUUGGUUUACACAGUUUUAAGAACGACGGGAGAUUAAGGUGGUCUGAUCAUUCUGUGCUCAAUUAUGUGUCCUGGGGACUAGGACAGCCUCGACCAAUUAGCAAAGAGCCCAAAUGUAUCCAAAUCUCCGCCUCAAAAGGUGACUGGUCAGACCAGAGGUGUCACAUCGAUCUGCCAUAUGUGUGUAAGAGGGUGAAUGUGACAGGUACCAUUCCUCCCACACCCGCUCCUCCUCUCAUACCUGCCGGCUGCCCCCAGGGCUGGAGUCCUUUUCUACACAAGUGUUAUAAGGUGUUUGGAGAGGAGCUGUCGAGUCGUAGCACUUGGGAAUCUGCAUCCAAGACGUGUCUGACACAUAGAGCCACGCUAGUGACAGUGCCAAACCACAGGUGUUAUAAGGUGUUUGGAGAGGAGCUGUCGAGUCGUAGCACUUGGGAAUCUGCAUCCAAGACGUGUCUGACACAUAGAGCCACGCUAGUGACAGUGCCAAACCACAGGACAACUUUUAUGAAUAUUGGGACUGACGUGCUCAUGGGCAUGUGGGCGUCUCGCAGGUGUGAUGCAGAGAAGCACGGCUUCAUCUGCAUGAAAGAUAAAGACCCUGCCUUGCCCCCUGGUGUGGACUCUCUUCCCCCAUCAUUAGAUGGCCCAUUAGAAUUUGAUGGCGUGCAGUACCGGAUUUUGCAGAAGCCUCUGGACUGGCGUGGAGCACUGUAUUUGUGUGACUCCAUUAAUGGAACACUGACAGCGGUACGGGAUCCUCGGCAGCACGCCUACCUCACCCUCCUCCUCAGCACGUUCCGCAAACCCUCCUGGAUCGGACUACACAAUGACAGGGCUCGGAGCUACACAUGGUUGGGUGAAGAGGAGCUCACAUUCAGUGACUGGCGGGAUGGAGAGCCUAAUCAAAUGUAUGGAUGUGGUCACAUGACCGUUGAGGGCCAGUGGACUGUGGCUGCUUGUAAUACAAAAUUAAAUGCCAUCUGUGAAAUUAACAUGGAGAGAACAAUAGACCACAGGUGGAUGUAUCCGGGUUUUUGCCCAGAGCCUGUAGGUAAUUGGUCCUGGGUUCCUUUCAGAAAUCACUGCUACUCGUUCAUCCUCCACGAGCUGCAAUUUAAACAUGAGGCCAUACACAUGUGUAACAAAGUGGGAGCUAAGCUGUUGUCAAUAUUAGAUGAAAACGAGAACAGUUUUGUAUGGGAGCACAUGCAAAGUUUUCAACAACAGGCCCACGGCGCUUGGCUUGGAAUGAUCUUUAACUCCAAAGAAGGCAGUCUGGAGUGGUCAGACAGUCAAGUAGUGGACUACAGUAACUGGGAGCAGCAGGACACUAAUCUGAGCAUGCUGUCUGCCAACAGCUGCUUCUGGGUUCAGAGCAACACAGGCCUCUGGAGGCCUGGGUCCUGCAAAAACCGCACACAUGGAGUCAUCUGUAAACGACCACGAGGAACCACAGCAGAGCCUGUAGUUCAUUCUGUGGUCGACCAUCUCCAUGUAUUAAUUCAGGUCCUGGUUGCAGCACUCGUUCUGAUUGCUCUGGUGGUGGGAGGGAUUUAUCUAUAUCGUAGGCGGAGCUUCGGCUCCACGGGCGCCUACGAGAGCGCUCGGUACAGCCGCACUAACUCCGCCCCCUCCGAAGAAGCUGAAAAAAACAUUCUCGUUUCAGACAUGGAGUUAAACGAACAGGGCGAAUAAUGCUGGAUAUGUUCAAACUGAUUCAAAACACCUAGGAAAACAAAUCUGCUAUGGCAGCAACUGAGAGAAUUUAUGUUUAAAGAAAAAAAAAUGAGGUUUUGUUUUUGUGUUUAUUUUUUCCAGAGACAUUGAGAGAGCUGUGUAGAGCGCAGCAUAUAAUAUCAACCAAAAUCAACAGAGGCAAAACUCGUUUACAUCCAUUUAAGCCUGUCAACCAAUCAAAUUUCACCAUCUCAGAGGAGCUGUUUGGAUUGGCUAGUGUGGAAGAUUGUUUUUUGUUCGUCUUUGUCCGGUUAUGGAAAUUCAGUUUAUAUGCAUAUUUUUUUCAUGUACUGUAUGUCAUAGUUAUUCUUUAGUGCCAAAAGGGAUCAAAGUCCCCCCCAAAUAUCACAUUGACUUGAACUUCCAUUAAACUUCCAGACUAUGAGAACACACAAUCACACAAACUACAAGGUAACACCACAACAGUAUUUUUUUUUUCAGACUGUGACUUUUGAAGUUAUUUGUUGUGACUGUUUUGAUGAUUUUUUUAAUUUGUGCAGCUGAAUUUGAUGUUCUCUGGGUCAGAAUGCAGGUCCCUCAUGG